UUCAUUUUGUAAUGGUGGUGGAAAGAAAAGCUUUUCCCUUUUAGUACUGUAAAUAAAUAGGUAAUGCUGGGAUAAAUAUGUGCGAAUUUUUAAAUUAAACCAAUGUUCAGUUGUAAUUGAAGGUGUUCCAAGGAGUAUAGUAUGUGCUUUGGUUAUAACAGGAGUGAAUUAUUUAUCUUCAAUAGUUGGACAGUGCUGUUAUCAGAACUUGGAAGGUGAUUACUUGGGUAGAGUUGUGGGGAUUUGGACUUUUACCAGCAAAAUGUCGUUAGGAGGCUCCUCAUUUAUGAAAAGCGCUACCAUGCUGGAGCAGCUACUCGAGGAAAUAAAUUUCCAGAGAACGAAGGAGAUGCGGCAGCUAAUGAAAGAUGAUUGUGGAUUCGUGGUGCUGCAAGGAACGACCUACUGGACAGAUCUGUUCGUGAGGCACUUUCUGUUCCAAGAAGAGAGGGCGAUAGACUGCGACGACCUGCUCUUCUUCGUGAGGAAGCGCCAUGUCAAGGGCUCCUCCAGAUACCUGCCUAAGUAUGAGACGGACGUGGAGGUCUUCCGCAAGGAUUCCAAGAAGUUACCCAUCGGAGAUCCGGAGAUUGACUGGGAGGAGACCGUGUACUUGAACCUGAUCGUCCACCAGUUUGACUACACGCUCACGCUGGCCAUCUGCACGAGAACCAGUCCCAAAGAGCUGCAGGUCCUGAAGCGGCACUCGCAGAAGGUGUACGCGUCCCCGUCGCGCCGCAAGAUGGACUCGAAGGGCGAGGGCGAGGAGAUGACGUACCCGCACAUUUGUUUCAUGGUCGACAACUUUGACGAGGUGUUCUGCGACAUCGUAGUCCGAGAUGGAGAGAUGGUGUGCGUGGAGCUGGUGGCCCGCGGCAGAGGCUGCUCUGCGCAAGCUGUCAUCUUUCUUGGCUCCAUCCGUUACGACGCCCUUGCCGCCGUCUAUGAUUCCAGACAAACGUCUCUGUCAACGAAAGUAGCCCAGCGCAUGUCGUUCGGCCUGCUCGGCGGUAAGAGCGCGGCGCGGUGCGAGUUCGUGCGCAUGAAGGGCCCCGCCGGCAAGGGGCACGCCGAGAUGGCGGUGUCGCGGCCGCACGCCGCCGGCGCCGACACGCCCAGCUCGGAGCCCGGCGCGUGCGCCACCGACAUGUGGGACGACGACUGGGACGACGACCCGGAGGACAUGUUCAUAUAUCGUCACCAGCGUCGACUGAGCGACCCGAGCGCGAACCUGAACAACUUUGUGCGCGGCGCGUGGCGCACCAGGGACUACAAGGACAAGAGCCGCUCCGAGAACGAGGGCCUGGACUGCCUGGGGGGCGCCCUCGCCGAAGUGGAGGCCGGGGACGUGAGAGACGAGUUAGACGACGGCGCCUACAACCCGCUGUGGGCGAUGCGCGGGUUCUCGCAAACCUUCCACUUGUGGAAGGAGGGCAAGCGGCAGCAGUCGGCGCCGCUCAACGCCUACCUCACUUACGUCACCUUACCCUGGUGGAGCAUCACCAAAGAUAUUUUAGACCACCGCGAGGAACCGAUCUUGACGUUCUGAGUUCACAUUCCACGUUUGCACCCCGUCUCACAUUCUAUUGUGACUUCUUAUCAAUGCUACUCGGUUACAAGUGCGUAUAGAUAGAAUUUUAUGUAUUUAUGGUAUGGUAAAACAAAGUGUCUCUUUUCUAUAGCCUUCGAAUAAAUUCAUGAUAUAUUGGAGUGAUGACAUAAUUGUUAGUUUAAUUGCCGAUGGAAGUGAAAUGAAAAUUAAAAGCAAGCACAAAAUUAAUGUUUACUGAUAUAAACAAGUAAGAUUACGGCCCAAGGUUUUGUUACAUAGACAUGAUUAUGUCUUUAGUCUUUAUUUGUGUUUCCACGGUACCAUGUUGUCCUUAUUCUUUUUAUAUCUUGUGACAUAUGUGUGUAUGAGUCAUUAUAACCUUACUAAAAUUAUGCAUUCUCUCAUGUGGUAAGGUAUAUUUUUGUGGUUAAUCAUUGACAAUGCCCACAAAUAUUUGUAAAUCGACUAUUCCACUAUCGAUAUUCCGCUAGUUAGGCUAACAAAUUGUCGUGUGAUAUCGUAUCGUGUGUACGUCAUUCAAGAUGAUAUUAUAAUGAUGCUAGUCAGUUAUGUUCAAAUAGUGUAAGUUAAUUAUUUUUAUAUUGUGUGCGCUUUGUGGCUACUAAUGCCAUCUAUGAUUGACUUGAUGUAUUUGUUCCAAUGUUAAUUUUUAAGAUCUAUUCCUGCAUUUAGGCCUAAAUCUAAUUUGGCUUAGAUAUUAUUAAAGUAAGUUGGCACUAUUUAUAACCUAUACCUUAACUUUAUAAUUAAAUAAAUUUUUCAAUAUUAAACCAAACUUAGUAUUGUAAUUUAACUGUUAUAUUUAUUCUGAUUCGGAAACCGAUUAUAAUUUCUUAUUCCUAGUUUAAACUUAAAAAUACGAAUCAAUAUCAACCUAAUAUAUAAGAUACAUGAAGUUUUAACUGACACAGAUGACAGUUUAGAUAUUUUCUUACAAAAUGUAAAAAAGGAAACUAAUUAAGCUGCUUAUAACUGAUAGACCAUAGUUAUUAGAGAUCGGAAUAGAAAAUGUCACUGUGCCUGAUUUAUCUACUAUAAAAAAAGAAAUUUUGUUACAUGCACGAGUAAGCCUUGUAUCCAAUACGCAGUAUGUAUGCUGUGUCAAUAGAAUUAAUAUUUGUUUAUUAGGGCCUUGUUAGGGCUAAUCUUCGAAACCACUGAACCCCAUGAAAAUUGUUUCAUCGUUAAAAAAGAACAUUGCCGUGGCGGGCAGCUAGUACGUACAUAUACCUAUAUGAAUGGCGAAUCAUAACUUUUCAAAGUAAGUUUAUAUGUAAUGUUAGUACUGUUAAAGUACAAUACAUAUAGACACACAUAUAUAUAUGUAGAUUUAUCCGGUAAUUACUUAAUUUCUCCGCUUAACCCAAAGGUUGACUGUUAGAAUUAAGUCCGCCCAUUGUAUGAACGUUGUUUGUACAAUAAAGUUAAAAUGAAUAAACACCUCACUAUUUUGAUGAUUAGCCUUUCCUGCAUUUUGAAAUAUUCGCGUCUCAAUUAUUGUGUAGUGGAUACAGGACCAUGGUUGCUAUGCCUUGUGCACGUAAUAUUGAAUAAAUAACCAAAACGAAAACGAAAAUAUUUAAUAAAUAUUACCAAAACUAACUAGUCAACAUUUUUAAGUUAAUAUAAAAUAUUUAAUUUAAUUACUUUGAUCUCUUCGCUCUUUGUUUAUAAUUUCUUGAAUUAUACCUUUAUUUCACUGGCUUUUGUAGAAUAUUUGCGUAUAAAACCUCAUAUUGAAAUCAGUUUUAAGCAAUGAGCGAGCGCGGUUGCGUAUGUUGACAUACUCGUUUUAUAUUUCAACCACCUCGCUUUUUUAUGUUUGAUUAUCAUUUAUUUUAGAUAAAAUGCAUAUUUUUUAAUAGUUAUCUAAAAUUUACAUCAUGGUCUUAAAUUAGGCACAAUAAGUGGUUUUUAAAGAGAGACGAUUUUUCAUAUAACAUGUAUUUUGACUAAUGUGUACGGAGUGAAGGAUGAAGGAAUUGUAUUCUAUUCUAGUCCGACUGCGCAAGUGAUUGCGUACUUUGUUAUGUAUCAUUUGACUGAAUAAAAUAUAU